GUCAACAAAGUGCGAGCGAAGGCGGCGUCAAAACAAACCAAAACAAAACCAAAACAAAGCGAUGGCCGAAGACGCGGACGUCUUGCGUCAGGUCUGGCACUCGUAUCUCCCGAUCGCCUUCCGGUUGGCCGCCAAUGAGGUGACGAGUCUUCAGGAACCCGAUCCCUAUUACGUCUGGCACUCGUAUCUCCCGAUCGCCUUCCGGUUGGCCGCCAAUGAGGUGACGAGUCUUCAGGAACCCGAUCCCUAUUACGCAAUGGUCUCUCGGAUGACGUAUUUUCCGCUCGUUUUGGAGAAAGUCGUCAAACAUUUGAGUCGUUUUUGCGCCCAAAACGCCGCCCAAAAUAACGACCUUUGGCUCGACUUCGAGGGAACGCCUCUCAAGUGGCACUACCCGGUGGGCGUGCUCUACGACCUCCUCGGCGCCGACUCGUGUCUCCCGUGGACUCUGAGCGUCCACUUCGAGGGCUUCCCGGAGGACGCGCUCGUGCGCUGCAGUUCGCGCGCCGCCAUCGAAGCGCACCUCAUGUCGGGUUUGAAGGAAGCGGACGCUCUUCGGAACCGAUCGCAAGUGAUGUCUUCGCUUCAGCGCCGAGACCACAACCAGCUGUGGCUCGGGCUCUCCAACGACCGCUUCGACCAGUUCUGGGCCGUCAACCGC